AUUCGGUUAAUAAAAUAGAUCAAAAAUAAAUAAAUAAAACUGAAAUCAUAGAAAGCCUGAUUUGUUUAGUCAGUGUCUAGUAAAUAUUAAAUUACAUGUAAUAAAAUAUCAAAGAGAUCUACUUCUAAAAUACAAUUAGAUUUACUAGAAUCGACCAUUAGAAAUCUUCAACGAUGGCUGACGACAUUGUUUUUGAAUUACUUCAUUCAGAAAUAAUAAAUUAUGCUAUGGAGCAAUCGAAAGAUAACUCUGAAAAGAAGGAGGCAGACUUAUCUAUUGUGGAAUACAUUGGAUUUGCGGCUGGAUAUAAAGUAAUGGAGCGAUUAACCCGAGAGUGGUCGAGAUUUAAAGAUGAACUGGACACCAUGAAGUUUGUAUGCACAGAUUUCUGGACUUGCAUUUACAAGAAGCAAAUUGAUAAUUUGCGCACAAACCACCAAGGGGUGUAUGUGCUUCAAGACAAUGCGUUCAGAUUUCUCACUAACUUUUCUAAUGGGCAACAAUACUUGGAAUAUGCUCCCAGAUAUGUGGCCUACACAUGUGGUCUGAUAAGAGGCGGUCUGGCAAACCUGUCCAUAAACAGCAUCGUCACCGCUGAAGUGCAGACCAUGCCCUCCUGCAAGUUCCACAUCCAUGUCCAGAGAGUAUGACUUACAAAAUAAAAUAUUUAUUGUUAAUAAA